AUGCUGAAGGCUUGGCUUAAAUACUUUUCGGCUUUUGUAGGUGUGCCACAUCGAAGUCAUGUGUCUGAAAACGAGAUUCGAUUCACCGAUGACUCUAUCAACAAUAUCCUUAUCGAAACCCAAUCGUCCAAUUUUUUAAAGCACAGUUUUGCGGAGGCCGACUAUCCCAUGCUGAAGCAGCUUGUGGCAGAUGUCAGGAUGCCGCUUUGUCUGGUCGACGAGACCAUUUUCCCUCGGCCAUUUGACCAACAGAUGGAAACACUGCGUUUUAAAUCUGGGUCUCAGAAUGACAUUGACACCGAUGAAGAAUGGGAUGUAGAAGAUUUUGUUGUGGAAGACAGAUUUGAGGAUGCAGAUGAACUGGACGAACCUCUUGAAAGUGACGAAGAUUGA